AAUCAAAAGUUAUGCAACUUGUUGUGCCCUCCCUAAGAGUCAUGUAAUUAUAACCUACAAAAGAAAAGCAUUCUGUUCUGUGAAGUGAAUGGUGAUUCAAUGAUAGAUAAUUGUGACAAUCAGUGUUCCCCUUCAUAAGUUCUUCGUUUGUUUAUUGCCAAUUAAUUGCCACCAUUAGGAUUUAAAAGCUUUAAUUUAUUACAAGUUAGAUGUUGAGGAGGCUACUUUCUAGAGCAAUGUCAACAGAAGUUACCAGCAUUCAUUCCCAUCAAAUUGGAGAAGUCCAUGAUGUCCCAAUGAAUGUAAUAAUAAGACCAUUUCCACCAGAAGUAAAUGAGGAGAAAGUCAAAAGUCUAAUGAAUACACUACAAUCAAACCCAGACGCUGUUCCGCCUAUAGACGUGUUGUGGAUCAAGGGAAGGGAGGGAGGAGAUUAUUACUACUCAUUUGGAGGCUGUCAUCGCUUUACGGCACAUCAGCGCCUCGAGUGGCCCACUGUCAAAGCCAAACUUGUGCGAUCUACCAUUGACGAUCUUCGCUGUUACCUCGGCAGUUCUACUCCUGAUCUCAAGUGAUAGUUCAGACUCUAGAGUAAACUUCAGUAUCUGAAUUUCAUUUAUUCUGUUAGUGAGAUAUUAAAAAGCUUAAAUGAUGAUUUUAAACAAAAAGAAGCUCUAUAUAUUUACCAUUUGCUAAGAAACUGGCAGCUUGUAUUGGCCUUUCAAUUUGUUGUACCCAUAGGCUUCAGACCUUUAUGUGGAACGUACCCAGCAGGCAAAACUGUUACCUUACUAUGUUGUUUGAACUCUAUGAUGAAAUAUAGUGGUACCAGAUCACAAACUCAGAUGAUAAGCUGCCAUGGAUUCGCAGUCUUUUAAACUUUUGGCUGAGCCAAUGACUCACUUAUUUGAACAAUAAUUAAUUCAUCAAAUUAGAUUAUUAGCCUGUGAUAUUGUACUGUGAGACUAAUUUAAGCGUACUGAUUCUGCUACCAAAUUAUUUACAUGAAAGACGUGUUGUGGACCAGAGGACGGAGAUCUUUUACCCAGGCCGGAAGCUUGCAUAGCCAGCUUUGAUUUAUCCUUAUACAACUAAUUUACUUAACUAUCCUUCCAAAACUCCUUCCAAAACUCCUUCCAAAACUUGUGAGCUAGAAAAUUACUAUGUAUGAAGUGAUUUGGUGGUGAUUGAACUACUUUAAUCAGAAAUAACUAUGAAUUUAUUGAGAUGAACUGAGGAAACUUACUGGGGAAAACGUGUUACCCUUUUCAUGUUGAAAAUGCUAACAUUAAUCUAUGCGGCAAUUAAUUUAUUCCUAUAUUUCCAAGGUCGGGGCGACCGUUGUAGGUCUCCCCCUUUAGUUUGCUAACUAGUGUGACAUUACUAUUUAGUAUCUAACUAUAUAAUUAUCCUAGGGACUUAGCCAUUUUAGGAAGGUUACUAGAUGAUUAGAUUUCAGUGCGAUUUUCUUGAUGAUCGGCGACGAAGUGGGGAGAGAAUUGGAAAAGUAGGUGGGGAAGGCGUUCGCUUGCUCGCGGUGGGCUGACGAGAUAACAUGCAGCCCUGCCACGCGAAGCGCUGACACUAUAAGAAAUAUAGCGUGCCGCUAUGCGUCACAAGCCAAUGAUUUUUUUCAAUUAUAUCCAUGUCUAAUUUACAUAGAACUCCUAUAAAUUUGGAAUGGGCACACGGGAGGGACUAAGGCUAGAGGUGUAGUGACGUCAUAUCUCUAGUGGCUAAUGUAUACUCUUGAUACAACACGAUUACCGUAACGAAACGAUGUGUUUUCAGCGGCGUUCGUGGCAUAGUUAGUAGCGUUUCGAUUUGAUGUUCAGGAGGUCCCGGGUUCGAAUCCCGCUGGUAGCACUAACUUUUUGUCAACAAAU